GGGAGGCGGAAAGAGCGCGGGGGCAAAGACAGACCGAGUGAGUGAGUGAGCGAGCAGCAGAGACGCGUGUCUCAGCCUCUUGGCAAGAUGUCGUGGUCUCUGGACCUGCUCCCUCUGCCUCCCUGUGUGGAACUGGGUGGGCCUCCCCUGAGUGGUCUUCUGUGGACCCUGCUGCUGCUUUUUCUCUGGUAUUGCUACCGUGUCGGCGCUGACCCUCCGUCCUGCUCAUCUGGCUCGGCUCACUCUGCUAUAUCUCGCUCUUCCAGCUGCUCUCAGGUUGAGCCUGGUCAUCAUUCCACCCCGAAACCUUCCCCUGCGAUUGCUGUGGAGAGCGAGGAGGAAGAAGAAGUGAAGAGUUACCUGAUGCCAGUGUUGAGCCAUGACCUGUUUCCUGCUCAAGCAACAACAGGAAGCAGAAAGUUGUACACAGCACUGCAGGAUUAUGCCAAGCGGUACAGUUGGGCCGGCAUGGGCCGCAUCCACAAGGGCCUGCGCAUCCAGACUAGGAUGAAUGAUCGCUCCUCCAUUCAGAAGCCCCACCUCUUCUACCUUCCCGAUGUUCCCAGCAUCCCUUUCUUCCCUCGAGAUGCUCAUCGCCAUGACAUAGAGGUCCUGGAGGCCAGCUAUCCCAUAAUCCUUGCUGAAUUCCAAGCUGUAUACCAGAGAGGCAUUGACACAAAGCUGGGGUGGAUAUACCAAGGACCUAAGGGUCAAGCACUGUUUCCACUCUACAAUGCUGGAGUGUGUGUGGCAAGUAAUUGCCGCGCGUGCCCAUGUACGUACCGUACCCUCCUCUCCCUCAGAACUUUCAUCAGCAGUAACUCCCUGGGCUCAGCAGGGUUCUGGCUUUUGGGCCCUGGGGCCUCACUGGGGGGAACCUACGGGCCCACCAACACACGCCUCCGGUGCCAUCUGGGUCUCCAGACUCCUGCACAGUGUGAACUGGUGGUAGGGGGUGAGCCGCAGUGCUGGUCUGAGGGACACUGCCUCCUAGUGGACGACUCCUUCCUGCACACCAUCUCGCAUAAUGGUGGCGCUGAAGAUGGUCCAAGGGUGAUUUUCAGUGUCGAUCUGUGGCACCCAAAUGUUGCUGCAGCAGAAAGACAGGCUCUGGACUACAUCUUCAGUCCUGAACAGUAA